AUGACGGGGUUCCCACCAUUGGCCCCGGUACCCUCCCCCGCAGUCCGGAGGAGCAUCCCAUCUAAUGACUGGGAAGCAUGCCUGGAUGCAUGGAUGAUGCUGCUGAGCAUCCGUCUGAAUGCCAAUGAUCAGAAAUUUCAGCUUGCUGCUGCCGAUGAUCUUCCGGCUGUCUCGUUUCUGGAGUCUUUCUAUCAACAUGUCGCAGCAGGGGACCAGGGUCUGCAGUCUGGACCCAAAGCUCGAAAGCUUCGGAAACUUUGCUUUCUAACUACAAGGCGUUAUAUCUUGACUCUUUCAAAUCCUCCAGCUGAACUCUUUGAUUGGAGACUUCUUGGUAAUAUGUGCUGCUGUUAUUCGUCGAGCACGGCAUUGAAGACAUCUUUAUCAGAAGCAUGGAACUUGCAUCAUGACAAGAUAUCAUCUAGCAUAGAGAAAGCCAAAUCCUCUAUUAUGGAUCAACUGUCUUCAGCAAGCACUUCGUCAGUAGCCGAUACCAUCACAGACAUUCGACGAUUGACAAUAUUGGCUUCGGUAUUACCAUCUUGCGGUCAGGUCUUGAUGGCAGGCUCCGACUAUCUGGACACACUUGCAGAAAGCUACCAGUCACCAAAAGCUCGAAAUGAGCUUCGCAAGAUUCUUGUCGCCAAUCUCUAUGUGGGCCUAGUCUCAUUAUUGAAAGAAUCCUCAACCAACUUGUCGUUACUACUGGACCAGCUGUUCAGCCUAAAGUCCGCCGCAGGAGUAGGCACAACCCAAAUGAAAAACGAGGCUACAAUCCUUUCAGAUCUCAUAUGUAGCUCUGACUUGCUACAAAGGCUUGAGAAGUAUCUCAACAGCCACCCCCAAAAAAGAGGAGAAGACCUCCUCUCCAGUCUUCGCGUUUAUCAGAUAGAGUCAAAACACAAGCACCACCGGUACCAAAGACGUAAGAAGGUGGACAAGGGAAAAGGUCCAUCUUCUGGUCUACAGAUUCAAGAUGACGAGCUUCAUGCACACAAGAUGUCCCUUGUCCUGCAGGUCCAAGACCUCUUCCCAGACUUGGGCUCCGCCUUCGUGCUAAGGCUCUUAGAUGUCUACAACGACAACCCCGAAGAAGUGAUUGCCCACCUCCUGGACGACUCACUUUCCCCAGAGCUCCAAGGCUUGGAUAGAUCCGAGCAACUCGCACCCCUAGCGGAACCAGAGCACGACCACUUAGCACCUCGCCCAACACCUCCAGCAAUGUACUCGCCACCGCUGCACUCAAUACCUGAACGCAGGAACGUCUUCGAUGAAGACGUCGACAUCGCAGAACUAAGCCUCUCAGGGGAGUCCAAGGGCAAACUACGCUUCGGCCGCGCAGACCCUGAUCUCACCGCAGAUGAAGUCCUAGCAGACCGAAGUCAACACGCAACCAACAAAGCAGCCAUUCUAUCCGCACUGGCAGCAUUCGACUCAGACGAAGACGAGCGCGACGACACAUACGACGUCGCAGACGUCGGCGGCACAGUCGAUGCCGUAACAGCCGGUGUCGAUGCAGACGCCGACACCGAGGCGCGAAACCAGCGUGCAACCACAGAUAAUCUCGACAUGAUACUUCUCCGCGCUUACAAGGCCAACCCGGCGCUCUUCUCCCGUGACGCUGUAACGCGUCGCUCGCAGCCUCGCGCACAGCUAAAGCGUGAGACUAACAUGGUGGACGAGGCUAUCGAGGGCUGGGCUGUUAUGCUGGUCCGGGAUCCAAAACGUCUCACCAAACUUGAAAACCGACUUGCUGAUGAGUUGGGUGGUUCCACUGGUGGAUCGCUGAACCAGCCGACUCUCUCUUCUACGUCAUAUCGGAAGCCGCGUACUGGGGAUGAUGAAGACUCUACCGAGGGGGAGUCGUCUGGUCCUUCGGGUCGUGGGGGACACGCACAUGAUAGAGGUAGAGGUGGACGUGGUCGUGGAAGAGGUGGAAGAGGUGGACGGGGUGGUGGACCAUCUCAACCUGGGGGCGAAGGGCAGCAGAGUACACCGGCAGCAAACAGGAGGAAGGAGGAGAACAAAGCCAGCAGGGCUAAUCAUAAUAGGCGCCAGCAGCGGGCAAAGAAGAUUGCGCGUGGAGGCGGCUUGCCGGGAUGA